GAUAAUUCCGGAACGAUUAGAUAAAUCUUAUCCAGAAUCACAUGACAGAUGACUAGCAGAAUUACCCUUCCAUUGUAAAUAAAUACGGCGAAGAAUCGAAAAUUAAUCAGUUGGAGUACAUCCAUCGCAGAAAAGAUCAAAAUGAAAGCAAUCGCCUUCAUCUGCCUUUUUGUCGUCGUUGCUGCAAGAAAACUUCCUUUCAACCCAGACUACGACAAGAACUGGGAAACAUUUAAGGCGAAAUUCAAUAAGAAUUACGAAAGAAAUGAAGAAUUCGCUAGACGACUGGUGUGGGAAGAGAAUUUGGCAGCUAUUAUAAAACAUAACAUAGAAUACGAUUUAGGUUUGCACACAUUUACGAGAGGGCUUAAUGAAUAUUCCGAUUUGACCCGCCAAGAGUUCGUAAAGAUAAUGAAUGGAGUGAAAAGAGGAGCGAACAGCACUGCAAAGCCUGUAUACACUUUCACACGCCUUUCUAAUGUACUUUUGCCCGAUACAGUUGAUUGGAGAAAAGAAGGAAUGGUUACAGGAGUCAAAAACCAGCAACAAUGUGGUUCUUGUUGGGCUUUCUCGACCACCGGAUCUUUAGAAGGGCAACACAAAAAGAAAACUGGUGAACUGGUUUCCUUGAGUGAACAGAAUUUGGUAGACUGUUCUGGUAAGGAAGGUAAUAUGGGAUGCGAGGGUGGAUUGAUGGACAAUGGAUUCGAAUACAUAAAAAUAAACAGAGGCAUCGACACCGAAAAAUCUUAUCCAUACGAAGCUAUUGACGACACGUGCAGGUUUAAACGUUCGACUGUGGGUGCUACUUGUACCGGUUACGUGGAUAUCCCCAGUGGUGACGAAGACGCUUUAAAACAAGCUGUAGCAACCAUUGGUCCAAUUUCAGUAGCCAUAGAUGCCAGUCAAGAUUCUUUCCAAGAUUACCAAGAUGGCGUUUAUUACGAAAAGUAUUGCAGCACAGAAGAGUUAGACCACGGAGUUCUGGUAGUUGGAUACGGAACAACCGACGACGGACAAGAUUAUUGGCUGGUUAAGAACAGUUGGGGUACGAGUUGGGGUAUUAACGGAUACAUCAAGAUGGCCAGGAAUCACAACAAUCAAUGCGGUAUUGCCACUCAAGCCAGCUAUCCUCUAGUGGUGGCCUUCGAAGAUUUCCAUCCAUUUCCAAGAAGAUCUGACUUAGCGACUAAACAAACUUAUUAUGCAAAACUGUUAAAAGAUAGCUCGAAAAAAAGAGAAAGGAGGAGAAAAUCCUUUGCAGAUAUGCUUCCUGAAAUGAUGAUCGAUUGGAAAUUAAGUGCGACCAGCAGGCCUUGCAUCGAUUGUGCUACCAACACAGAAAUAUUGCUAAAAUUUCGUAUUUUUCUACGUCCAGACAAACUGUGGUUGGCGUAUUGUCACACCAACGGUUCUCAGAUUGUUAAAAUCAAUGCGGAAGAUUGCAUCAUGUAUAAAUUAAACAUAGAGUGUGAAUCCCGCAUUAUAUGUAUGCACUCUGCAACAUCGGACAUCUUGCUUCUGGGUACAGUCUCGAGCGUGGUACAGAUGUACGAUAACAAAAAUGGGAGAUUAUUAUCGGAAGUGAAAUUAAAUGAUUCCGUCCUUUGUUUACACUACCAAAAUAAAGAGGAAGUUAAUGUAAUAUAUGCGGGCCUCGCCGACGGUACGUUAGGUGUGAUCGAGAAUAUUUAUGAAACAGGGAAGAAGAAAGAAGUAUUUUACAUAAGUAUAGGUUCUAGUCCCGUUUCGUGUCUCUUGGAAUUAGACUGGAGACUUUUAUGUGCGUGUGGAAAUCGUAUAUUCAUCCUCAAUUCCAGAACGUUGGAUACUUUGAACCAAUUACAAAUUACAUGCAAUGAUAUGGAUCACAUUUCGAAUUUAGUGUGGAAUGGGGAUAACAUUUGGACUUCAGUCAGAGGAUCCUCCAUAUUGCACGUUUGGGACUCUCAUACACUAGCGUGCAAACUUAUCUUUGACGUCAAACAUAAUCGGCCCACGUGUCACUCUUCUAAGGAUGACGAUUCGUUUCUUCAGCCCACGCAUAUAAAUGCCAUUCUUCCUAUCGAUAAUGGGGUCAUUGUUGGCACUUCUGAUGGAUCGUUAUUAAUAUAUGACGUAGAGAAGAAAAUGUCGCGAAGUAUUAGUUACACAGGAUCCUCAAUUUACGAAUCGGUUGGAGAAAACAUUGAGGAGGAGGCAGGACCUCUAGAUAGACCCGAAAAUUUUAGAAUUACAAGUGAAAUUUCGUUGCCUUUCGACGUAACCGAAAAUGAUAUCGAUCAAGAAUUAACGAUUACUCUGCAACCAAGAGGUGAAUCAGCUCCUCCACGAUUAGGAGAGGGUCUGCAAACAUCUCGAGAGCUCUCAGAAAAUUCUCUAAUCUUAGAAUUAGAAAAUUACAAAAAUAAACCGAGGCAAUUAGAUGAUGCGGAAAAUAAAAGCAUUUCCUCAGUCAAUUUGCGUCAAGGGUGCGGAUUUUAUGCGGUUCGAGACAAUAAAACUGAUCUAGCGGAAUGUAAAUCGCUUUCGUUAGCAAACAAAAGCGAUCUUGUAAUUGAAGGAAAAGAGAUAAGCUUUCAGCCUGCUAAUUUAACUCCAGCAGUCAGUUUGGUUUCGUUUAAUAGCAUUGAUUAUCUCUAUUGUCUCGAACUUGUAAUAAAGGAGAAAAUUAAAAUUGGAGAUAAACCGAUUAAAUGCCUUCUGGACGUCAAAUGCAACAACGAAGUAAAUUUUAUAUCGUGUGCUGGUCUUUACGGAGAGGAGGAUGCAGUGAUGAAGUGGAGCAGAGAAGGAAAGAUGCUGUGGACAGGCAAACAAAUAUUAGACAUUUGUCCAAUUACACCCAAGCAAUCUUCGCUUUCAGAUCAGAAAAUGUUCAGCAACAGUAUGGUGGGUGCAGCUGGUUCAUCUUUUAUAAAAACCAGGAAAAAGUCGAUGGCCGAGAAAAUCGAAUUAAGCGGAAUCAACAAAAGUUUUAUCCACCACGAAGAGGUCGAUACUGAUUCCAUUGUGAAGCCUGGUGUAGUGUAUAGCACGGUGUACGCUACACCAUGCUUUACAAUGGGAUCAAAUCGAAAAUUAAUCAGUUGGAGUACAUCCAUCGCAGAAAAGAUCAAAAUGAAAGCAAUCGCCUUCAUCUGCCUUUUUGUCGUCGUUGCUGCAAGAAAACUUCCUUUCAACCCAGACUACGACAAGAACUGGGAAACAUUUAAGGCGAAAUUCAAUAAGAAUUACGAAAGAAAUGAAGAAUUCGCUAGACGACUGGUGUGGGAAGAGAAUUUGGCAGCUAUUAUAAAACAUAACAUAGAAUACGAUUUAGGUUUGCACACAUUUACGAGAGGGCUUAAUGAAUAUUCCGAUUUGACCCGCCAAGAGUUCGUAAAGAUAAUGAAUGGAGUGAAAAGAGGAGCGAACAGCACUGCAAAGCCUGUAUACACUUUCACACGCCUUUCUAAUGUACUUUUGCCCGAUACAGUUGAUUGGAGAAAAGAAGGAAUGGUUACAGGAGUCAAAAACCAGCAACAAUGUGGUUCUUGUUGGGCUUUCUCGACCACCGGAUCUUUAGAAGGGCAACACAAAAAGAAAACUGGUGAACUGGUUUCCUUGAGUGAACAGAAUUUGGUAGACUGUUCUGGUAAGGAAGGUAAUAUGGGAUGCGAGGGUGGAUUGAUGGACAAUGGAUUCGAAUACAUAAAAAUAAACAGAGGCAUCGACACCGAAAAAUCUUAUCCAUACGAAGCUAUUGACGACACGUGCAGGUUUAAACGUUCGACUGUGGGUGCUACUUGUACCGGUUACGUGGAUAUCCCCAGUGGUGACGAAGACGCUUUAAAACAAGCUGUAGCAACCAUUGGUCCAAUUUCAGUAGCCAUAGAUGCCAGUCAAGAUUCUUUCCAAGAUUACCAAGAUGGCGUUUAUUACGAAAAGUAUUGCAGCACAGAAGAGUUAGACCACGGAGUUCUGGUAGUUGGAUACGGAACAACCGACGACGGACAAGAUUAUUGGCUGGUUAAGAACAGUUGGGGUACGAGUUGGGGUAUUAACGGAUACAUCAAGAUGGCCAGGAAUCACAACAAUCAAUGCGGUAUUGCCACUCAAGCCAGCUAUCCUCUAGUGUAAAAAGUCUAAUUUAAACAUUUGAUAGGCGAAUAUAUUUUAUAUUAUAACUUUUUGUAUAAAAUAAUGCUUGUAAUACUACUUAAUAGCUAAAAAACCGGCAUGGAUUAAAAAAUAAAAGAACUGUUUAUUGUGAAACGAAUUUUACCACUUGUAUAAUCUAUAGGCAAAUGUAAAUUAUGUAUAUUAAUUAUAGAUAAUGUACUUGUACACUAUUUAUAUGAUUAUUUAAAAUAAAUAUAUACGGUUGUUUAUUAAAAGGGCUACCGUUUCCUCUACAUUA